CAUUAUGAGACAAAAUUGUAAACAUUGUUUACUCCGCAUUGCCGUGUUAGUUAUAGACUAGUAUUUCGGAUUUUUUUUGGUGAUCUAUUUUGUACGUGUUGAAACUGAAGGAUGGAAAUGCAAUGGCUAGAAAAGGAGAUCGAAUUGAACAUGAAACACGAAGAUAUAGUAUCCAGAAGAGAGUUUCUCUUACAAAAGUCAACAGAGAAUCUCAACAAUCAAGAAGUAUUCCAGUCUUCGGCUGCAAGUUAUAGGAGCAGAGCAACCAAGAGAAAUAAAAAACUACUUCAGGAUAUAGACACAUGUAAAGAAAGCAUCAAGAAAAGCUUAGGGAAGCCACAACCGACUGAGCUUGUUACUUUAAAGGAGAAAUACUGGGCCUUGAUUGAAGAGGAAUUACCCGCGUGGAAGUCAGAUGUGAAAUCAGCGAGAAAGAGUAAUCCAUCGAGUGCUAGAUGAUCAAAUAUUCUUAUCUUUCCUUGUGUAGUUUGUGCAAUACAUACAUUGAAUCCGUCCAUCGGAUAAUUCUUCUAUAUUAAGAGAAUUCAGACUUUGUUAUGCCUGCACUAUAUCAGUCUUUCUUUCAUGUAUAGCAGAUUCACCUUGAAAUUCUUUAAAAUGAUUUAUUAAUGUUGAAGAGUAUGUUGUUUAUUCUCUGAUAUAAUAGCCAUUUUUUUUGUAGACAGCCCUGUGAAAAACCCCACAAUCAAAUCAACUGCACAGUGGAUUACAAUGAGAAAAUCUACUGUAAACCAUGUAGGCCUAAAAAUAUGCAAUCAUGAAAAAAAUGAAAUCACAUAUUUGUUAGUCCUUUUUUUUGUACAUUAAAAUGAAAAAAAAACUGAAUAGAUUUUUACUUAUUUUGAUAGUCAGGAUUAUCAUUAAGACUGAAUAUGGUGUUAAUAUAUUUGGAGGUUAUGGCUGUGCUCAUAUUGUUCAGUAAUCUUGAAUUUCAACAUUGACCUCAUUUGUUAUGACGAUAGGUAUGACGUCAGUUGACAACUUACGAUUCCAGAGAACGUCUAGGAAAACGGAAGUUGAGAUGCAUAAAGCACGUGUAUGGGGAUGAUUUUCUUGUCAUGUCUGAACACUAUACACAGACCUGCCAACCAUUACGUUUUUGGCGCAUUUAGUACGUUUUU